GACAAUGUUUACACAACUUAAUAAGGCCUGUGUAUAAAAGUGCGACGGGAGUCAAUGAAGCAGGCAUUCCUUCACUAACUCUUACUUGAGGUCUUGAGCACACCCACAUCAGCGCGCCGCGUUCCCUGCUGAGUCUGUGGGAGGCCUAGAAUAAACCCAACUUUGAGAAACAAGCAGAAACCAAAGGAAUCAAGCAGAGGCCUUCCUGAUCGCACCUCCGACACUGUCUUCACCUGGACAGGAGAUAAUGGCCAGUCCUGUCCGAAUCCAGUCAGACAGCGCUGUUGCUCUUCAGCCGCCGCACUCCACGGGCUUCGCCGAGAGCUCCCUCCUUAAGCGAGAAGACGGCUUGGAGAUGGUGGACCACAAAGCCCGCCUUGACGGCUCGGACCGAGGACAUCCGGGACUCUAUCUGUCGUGCUUCGACAUGCUGUUCACCGAGGACGCCGCCUGGCUGGUGAGGGUCUCGGACUCGUCCCCACCCGCGGGGGUCGGGCCCAGGCUGGAGCCGUGUCAGGAGCCCGAGCAGUGUCCGGUGAUCGACAGCCCCGGGCUGGGAGCCUCCCCGCUGUCUCCUACCCUGGAGGAGCAGGUGGAGGAGAGAUCCUUAGAACAGGUGCAAAGCCUGGUAGUGGGAGAGGUCCUGAAAGACAUUGAGACCGCUUGUAAACUUCUCAACAUCACACCAGACCCCAUGGAGUGGAACUGUGGGAACGUUCAGAAGUGGCUGUUGUGGACCGAGCAUCUCUACAGGCUCCCGCAGGUGGGGAAGGCCUUCCAGGACCUGGACGGCAAAGAUUUAUGCUCCAUGAGCGAGGAAGACUUCCGACAGCGUUCGCCUCAGUGCAGCGAAACUUUACACGCGCAUCUGGAUAUAUGGAAAUCAGCCGCUUGGAUGAAGGAGAGAUGUUCGGGAGGAGAGACCAGGAUGAGAGAAGGUGAAGAGCUGUGGUCUGAAGCGGAUUCGUCUUGUUCUGGUCAGCCGAUCCAUCUGUGGCAGUUCCUCCGAGAACUGCUCCUCAAACCUCACAGUUACGGACGCUGCAUCCGCUGGCUGAACAAAGAGAAAGGGAUCUUCAAAAUCGAAGACUCGGCUCACGUGGCGCGCCUCUGGGGCUUGAGGAAGAACCGUCCGGCUAUGAACUAUGACAAGCUCAGCCGCUCUAUUCGACAGUACUAUAAAAAGGGCAUCAUCCGCAAGCCAGAUGUCUCGCAAAGACUGGUCUAUCAGUUCGUCCAUCCGGUGUAAGAGAGAUAGCGAAGCCGAGCACUGAGAACGGACAGGCCCUCCUACACAUCUCCUGAGACUAUUUCUGGGUUUUGCAUGACAGCGGAACCAAGAUGCAAGAAAGUUCCAACAUUUCAGUGCUUUUCUAUGCGUCCCGAUAUGUACUUGCACUCUUUUUUUUUUUUUUUUUAAACCUCCCGUGUGUCUGUUAAUGUGUAGUAUCAGCUUUGCACUGCUACUUUCUGUUACUUUAAGAAAAGCCCGUCAAAUAAAUUAUGAUGUUUAACAGAAGCACUAAGAGAGAUUUAGUAGAUGUUCUUUGAAGUAUGUUACAGGUUCCUCGCAAGGCCUGCCUGUGAGCGCGUGAGUCCUGCCAGCGUGUCUCUGAGCAAACCUUGCUUUCCCUGCCCAUGCUUUGCAGUGGAAAGACUCGAGUUUGCAUUAAUCUCUGGCUGCCGCCCAACAAACAUCGCCUUUUUUUUCUGGUUUGUGAUUAAUUGCACUGUAAACCUUUCAAGUCUGCCCAUGUGAACUUUCUCCACGUUCCUCGGUAAUCGGUCACCUUUGUGCGUGCCACGUUUCGGCCGCCCGUGGAUUCCCAUACGCCGCAUCCUUGGAGGGUGUCACUUGACACGUUUAAAGUCCGAAUUUACGAGAGAAAGUCAUUUGGAGCCUCAGGGAGGUUCGCUUUCUGUUGUGGCUCUUGUAUUUUUUUAAAUCUCUAUUGUGAAGUCUAAUCUAGAAGAGUCGCUGGAUAACAGUUGUUUUCACUAAUGCAGGCAUUACAAAAUAUCACCUGUACUUAUACGGUUAUAUCGAAGCUGAGAGGUAGUUUUUCAUGUACAUUCAGUUGUUGUUCCUCAUGCAUUUCUUUAUUAAAGAUCCUUUUUUCA